CGCUUCCACGGUGCACAUGGUUGUCAUCGGGUUGAAGGAAUUUUCACCGAAACCGAUCAUUUGGCUGUUGUGGAUUAGUCUCCUGCCACUAAUUUUGGGUUCGGAGAGCGCGCGCGUUUGUUGUUGGGAUAGAGAAGAGGUCGUGUAAUAAUCUCGUACGCAAGAUUAAGCAUUACGGUUGCAAAGUGCGCGCGUGAGGAAUUCCGAACUUGUCGCGAGGAUGGCACGUGAAUAGCCAGGGAGUGUUGCGACGCACUCUAAAAAUAAAUUAAAACCACGAAAGCGCGAAUGAGACAAAUGCAAAAGAGGGACCUAGAGUGCGGCAGUUCAACGACUAUCUUGUGUCUAAACAUACAUCAAGCAAACAAGUGAAACGCGUCUCCGUAUUGUUGCGUACCGCUGAGCCGAGCUGAGUUAUUGACGGUCGACAGUGUUGUUCUUUUUGCUUAGUAGAUCGCGCCCUGAGUGUGUUUUCAGCAUUCGUGAGAGAGAGCAGUGGAAUAACAAUAACAGUUUUCCUCUUGGGUGGAUAUAACAACAUCCAUAAAGGCGACAUAAUUGAAUGACGAAAAUUGGAUUACGUUACUGAAGGAGGAUCUUCGGAUCGGCUGGGAUAUAAAAUCUCAUUUCGGAAUAACGUUUGUGUGGCAGCUUCUUGGUCGACGAUGUACAGUGAAUAGUGAAGCGAUAAAUGUACACAUAUACUCAGCCUAAACCGGCAUAGCUUGGUGGGCUGACAGUGUGAGGCUAUCAAAAUAUCGUAUACAUUUGGGUCUAUUGUGCGAUUAGAUUCCCUUUUUGGAGGUGUGGGCAUGUAAUUAAAGUGAUAUUGGCAGCAUCUGUAUGCGGAACAACGUAUGGUGGAAGCAGUUGUCAACAGUUGGCGCUUAGUGCUAGAAGUAUGUAUCAUGUGAAAAAUGAGGCAAAUUUGUGAGCUAAAUGAAAAAAUAAAGCAGUCCGCGUGUCCUCCUUUCGUUAAGGUUUUGGGGAAGCUCUCUCAUUUGGUGUUCAUGGUGUGCUCUUCUGGCUGAAGCAAUGGUGUGAUGGUUUCGAAAUGUAAUUAAAGGAGCUUUUUUAUGUUCUUCUCCGCCGACGGACGGUGCUAAGGGAAAGCAGUAGCGUUGAGCGCAAAAUUUGUGUGUCUUUGCAUAAGAAAAAUAAUGACGCUGAUGACGAUGAUAAUGAUGAUGAGAAGCUGGCUUUGGCAGAAAAGGAUUACGCUACGAGAGGCAAAAAGUGUUGUCAUGAUAGAUGGCUCUUUAAUUCCCGGUGUCAGCUGGUACUUUAAUAGGAUUUGAACGUGAGCUUGAACCUGCAGGAUGCUAAAAAUGUUAUGUUUUGAUAGAAGGAAUAACUACCUAUGUGCAAUAUCUUUCUAAAGUUUUUAAUGGAUCAAUGCAGCCAACUUUCAUGCCAAGUGGACUUCAGGAAGCAUCCAGAGUUUCUGUGGAUUUACGCGCUCUAACCAUUCUUCGGUGGAUUUCAAGUGUUUGCUCUGGAGGAAAUGUCGUCGGGAGGUAGCUUUAUGAAUUCAUUCUCAUAACGAGCGGUUUGCAGUCAUGAUAGAGUCGUAUUAAUUUUUUUACGAUUCACCGCUGUCUGGCUCGACUCAUCCGCUGAACGGAAGCUUUUGGCUGCAAAAGACAGGGUAAUGAGGCUGUCUGUUUUUAAUUUAAUCAUAAUAAAUUGAGUGGCAAUGUGAUUUUAACGUGGCAUUUCGAAGUGAGAUAAUUAAUCAUUCUGAAGUAAAACCGCACGGAGAAAAGGAAAACGUGAAAAUUUUCUCGCUGCCUGUAAACACCAUUCGCGGAAAGGAAAUGAAUGAAACGUAUUAUGUGCAAGUGUGAAAUAUUCUCGAAAAAGUGGUAAAAUUGAUUAAACACAUCGCACUGCCUGUAUUAACGACCGAUGAAAGUCAGGUGCGAAUGUGUUUUUCGAUCGAGUAAUGAAACCAGAAUUGAGGAGUGAUUGAAAGUUAAAUAUUUGCAAUAUUAAUUAAGAGGGAUUUUUAUUCAUCAAUUAUUCGUGUGAGGAGAACCGCCGUAGGAUCGGAAAUUGCAGUAAUGGAAUUAAUACAAAUCAAAUCCAUUCAGCAUCAUUUAUUUCGUUGGAUUAUCAUAUUAUUGCUGCUUUCGUCGUCGCCAUUGGUGCUGCGCGCGGAUCCAGAUGCGCAAAUUUUCAGAGUGGACCCACUAGCGCUGCUGUCGGGCACCCUACGAACAUAUCAACGGGCCGGAUGCGAUAGCGAAGUGGUCACAUUGGGAUGCCCCCGAGGCACGAGCAUAUCGAUCGAGGUGGCCCAGUAUGGACGCACUGGAGAUGCAAAUGAGCAAAAUUUGUGUCCGGCCAGUACCGACGAUAGCUUGGGAAUCAAUCUUCCCGGCACGGAGAUAGAGAUAAAAGCACCGGAGAGCUGUACUUGGCCCAACGCAUUACAGUAUUCUCUCCUGCAGACAGUCGUGGAAGCAUGCCAAAAGAAGAGGCACUGUAAAUUUCUAGCUUCGCCGAAAACAUUCGGCGGCGACCCCUGUCCGGGUCACCGAAAGUUCUUGGAAGUAGCUUAUAAGUGUAGACCAUAUGAAUUUCGCAGCAAAAUAGCGUGUGAGAACGAUGUUAUUCAAUUAAUUUGCAAUCCAUACUCAAGGAUUGCGAUCUACAGUGCCAGUUUUGGUCGAACGGAGUACGAAAGCCUGCAGUGUGCGCAGCCUCAGGGAGUGAAGGAAGAAUCAUGUCUUGCAUCUUACGCCACUGAGACUGUCAUGCAAAAAUGCCACGGUAGGAGAAAAUGCACGUUGUCAGCAGAUAGCACAACUUUCGGCAAGCCUUGCCGGGCAGACUCGAGGAUGUAUUUAAAAGUUGUUUACACAUGUGUGCCUCGAAAGGUGCUCAAGGAUCGUUUCGAAGCAGCACCAGAAGCGGAUGAGCCUUUGCAGAGUGACUUGGAGCAGGACCACGAUACUCUCUACGACGAGGACCAGUUUUUCCGUGAAUCAGAUGCAAUUCCACCCGGGCCGGCACCGAAGCUGCAAGGAGGCCCAUCCAAUAAUCGGGCAGCAUCAGACAUUCCCAGCUAUAUUGCUGCUAGCAGUACUCCUCCAGUGCCACCCCACUCAAUCCACGACCUCAUCGAGGACAAUGAGUUUUCCUUCGAAGAACACCAAGAAAAAUUCUACAUCUAUCUGGUUGUGGCGGUAGCCGUAGCGAUUCUUCUCUGCCUCUCGAUAGUGAUCGGACGUGUAAUGCUGCGGAAACGUCGCACUGGAAAGGAAACCGAUAAAUUUCAGACAUCAAACACAGGUGAAACGACACUCCCAAAUGGCUUCACCGACGAUAUAUCGGAAAUAGAUGCGGAUAUCGAUUUACAAACUCCCCUGCCAGUGCCGAGCGUAUCCCGGAGUGAUAGCUACGGAGCAUAUACGCCUUCGCCGGGACCGUAUGGAAAUCUGGGCCCAUCUAAUAUAUCACAUACCUCAACCACGAUGCUGGUGCCGCCUUGCUCGAUGAGCACGAUGAUGACUACUACUCCACCCGCCGGAUACCUCAGUGGACCAAUUAACAUAAUACCAUCGCAACUGGGCCAAAGCAUAGGAGGCAUCCGCACUCCAAUUGCGGCAAUGAGCACCUUGCCACGGCCCCACCAGCAGCCCCCUCCCGUGUUUCUGGGAGGUCCAGGUUCCAUUCUGGGUCACUCUCAAACGCUCAGACGGCCUUCCAGUGAUCUCGAAGGCAACACACCACGCAGUCUCAGCAGGGGAGCAGCAAACACACAGUUCUACUACGGGUGACAUUCGGUUUCCGGCCCGGCAUCAGCCCAGUUCAAGCCAACUCAGCCCACCCCCCUGCAGCCUCAGUCCAUACUGAAACAUAAAGAACCGACCAUCAGCGAAGCGGAAGAUACCAUGGUAAUGUGUCCACCUAAUCGAACGUACUGUUUCUAGAACUGCAACAUUAUCCUGCUGCGAAAGCAGAGCACUCAGCUAAACUGUCAUAGUGACAAGGAUCUAGUAUAUUUGUAACUGAAUGGGAUUUGAUCCUGGCAGCAUUGGAUAACUGGGGUGCUAAAGCAGUUGAAUCCACUGACAAAUAAAUCGUGAAUUGAUUUUUCGAAUAAUUUCUUAAGAUGCAAUUAUGGUGGACGAUAUGGAGCAAUCAUAAGAUGAAUCAUAAGUCGUUAAAAAGAGAAAAUAACUUGUUGUGCAAUUCCAAGAGUGUUGUUUAAGUGACGUUCUGGGUAACAAA